ACACGUACUGUUUGUUUUUGCAGCAAGAAAUCUAGUUUUACUGCAUUUUUAAAUGUAAAUUCGCUUUUAAAUUACGGUUUAUCGAAAUGUUCAUCUUGUGAAAACAUAACUAGUUGGUGUGCUUACGGUAAAUAGUGUUUAUUUUUAUGGCAAGCAAAGUUUACCAUCACGGCAGCAGCGGUAGAUGCAACAGGAAGAGAAAAAUGGAAGCAUCCGGCUUUUCUCUUGCGGUGGUGUUAUUUCUGUCGAUAACUAGCGGUAUUGCCACGAAUACCAACUCCGGUGGUCCACAAAUGAUCAAGUUGCUGGAAGAGGAAGCUUGCACGCAACUUCGGGAUCUGUGCUCGAGUGUGCCAAACGGUGCGGAAGAUCUGAAAGCUUUGGAGUGCGUUCAGAAUUUACCCCGGGAGCAACUGGAAGCGCUGACCGACCCCUGCCAGCAGCUUAUCUGGAGCCACACGCUGGAGUUGAUGGACGAUCGGAACAUUCAACGGCUGGUGCAUAAGGGCUGUCCAAAACAUUUUGACAAAUUCGACUGCACGGUUAAAGCGGAACCGGGACAAUAUUUGUCUUGCGUAAUCGACCAGCGAGAUCUGGUCAAAGGAAACGGAUGUCGAGAAUAUAUUCAGCGGCUUGAGUAUGUUGCCUUUUCCGAUUAUCGGUUGAUAGGACGUUUUCUUAAGGACUGUAAAAGAGACAUUGAAUCACUGAACUGCGGAAGGAUUGGCAGUGACAAAGUUUCCCAAGGGGAAACUAUAUCCUGUCUUCAGAAUCAUUUGGACAAUUUAAACGGUGAAUGUAAGCGGGGUGUUUUGCAUCUGUCGGAAAUUCAAACCGACGACCUGAAGCUGGAUCGACAGCUAUUUCUAUCGUGCGCUGUUGACGCAAUUCGUUUCUGUCCAUCAAUUCCGCCUGGUUCGCAACUGGUGCUGAAAUGUUUGAUGAAAAAUCGAAAUGAUGUCGGAAUGACGGAACACUGUCAAAAGCAGCUUUUACGAAGAGAGCGACUAAUCGCGCACGAUUAUAAACUGAGCAAAGGGUUGACUCGGGCUUGUAAGGAGGACAUUAAGCAGUAUCAUUGUCGGCGCGGUGUUUCAGAUGACAAGGACGUUCGAUUGGCGCAGAUUCUGCUUUGCUUGGAAGCAAUACAGAAGAAUAACUCGAAGUUGAGCCACGAUUGCGUAUCGGAGAUCAACGACCAUCGUCGAAUGCUAAUGGAAGACUACAAACUUUCGCCGGAGAUUCUCACGGGAUGCGCGGAUGACAUCGACAAGUUUUGCAGUAAUCUGGACGCGGGUGGGAAAACCAUCCACUGCCUGAUGGAUCAUGCCAGACCGAAAAAGAAGAAGGAACGAAGGGUGACGGACACCUGCCAGAGAGCGCUGGAAUCGCUGGUCAAAGUUGCCGAUGUUGGCGAGGACUGGCGUGUCGAUCCGGUGCUGCGGAAAGCUUGCAAGCCGGUCGUGGACGUUGCCUGUAGUGACACCGAAGGUGGAGACGCUCGGGUUAUGUCGUGUUUGAUGGAAAAAUUGGGAACAAACUUCAUGAAUGCAGAAUGCGAGUCGGCUUUGCUGCAGAUUGAGUACUUUGUUGCCAGAGAUUUCAAGCUAGAUCCGCAGCUGUACAGAAAUUGCAAAGACGAUGCCAUUCGGUUCUGUAAGGCAAAGAAAACCUGGGCUGAUUUGGAUAAUGCUCAAAUGGAUCCGGACCGCGGUCCGUUGAUUCUGCCGUGCUUGCAUCGGUAUGCGUACCACCCGGAAAAGGAUAUGCAACUCAAACAGGAGUGUUUCCAGGAAGUAAAACGGGUCAUGCGACAGCGGGCUCGCUCGGUCGAUCUGAUUCCUGAAGUCGAGGACGAAUGUAUUGACGAUUUGGCCUUCUUCUGCUCGGACAAGACCGGCAAAGGAGAGGAGAUGCUCUGUCUGCAAGAGAAUCUAGAAAAGCUACAGCAGAAAUGUAAAGAUGCCGUCAGCAGCUACACCGAAGAAGAAGCAGCUCAUGUAGAAUUAAAUCCGGUAAUAAUGGCUGUUUGUGGUGAUGCCAUGCAAAAACACUGCGCAGAAAUCCUGAAAACUGGUAAAGACGAAGGCGAUGUGAUGGAGUGUCUGAUUUCAUACAAGAACGAUCCAGAUAUGCGUAACGAUGUCAAGUGUCGUUCGGCUAUCGAACACUUCCAGAUUAUUUCCUUGAAAAACUAUCACUUUACGUACAAAUUCAAGGAAGCCUGUCGUCCUUAUGUGACCCGAUUCUGUCCCCACAGCAACACCAAGUAUGAUGUAGUCGCUUGCCUAAGUGAAAUCAUGCGAAACGACACCAUCAAGGGCGCUAAGCAUUCUGUUCCGAAGGAAUGUCGCCAGCAGGUUCGGGCUCAGCUCUAUCAACAACGAGAAAAUAUUGACUUCGAUCCCAAGCUGAAAGCUGCCUGCCGGGAAGAGAUCAUCGCGUAUUGCUUCAACAUACCUCACGGAUCCGGACAGGUGAAUAGGAACAAUGUUUUGGAAUGCCUUCAAACUCACAACGGCAAACUGGGUCCACAGUGCGAGCACAUGUUGUUCGCAAUCAAAAAAUCCGAACUGACCGAUAGCGCAACCGAUUAUGUGUUACUGAAUACCUGCAGAGAGAUGAUUCGUCAGUACUGCCAUGAUACCGACCCGGCCGCUAUGCUGGGAUGUUUGAAGAUACACAAGGACGAGAAUCUGUUCGAUAGCAAGUGCCACCUGGUGGUAGUGAAUCGUAUGAUUGAGCAAAACAUGGACUAUCGUUUUAAUCCAACACUGCAGACGGCCUGCUCGAAAGACAUUGCCGAUCAUUGUACGGAAAUAGUAGCUGGUGCCCAAGCCAACGAGGAACUUAACGGGAAAGUAAUAGGGUGCUUGAAAAUCAAAUUCCGUGAAGGAAAACUGCACACUGAUUGUGAAAAACAGAUGACCGAAGUGUUACACGAGCAAGCGCUCAACUAUAAGUUGAAUCCCCUGCUGCAAAGUGUGUGCCAGGAUGAGAUUCAGGUUUUGUGCGGUUCCACAAUAGACGCAGGGGCGGUGGAAGAUCACGGAAAGGUUGAAGAAUGUCUCAAACAGGCAUUUAUUGACAAAAAGUUGAUUAACCGCGCAUGUAAGGUAGAGGUCGCCGAACUAAUCCAGGAAGGUAAAGCCGAUAUCUACGCUGAUCCGAUGUUGCAGCGAGCUUGUGCUGUAGAUUUGCUCAAAUAUUGUUCGAACGUACAAAGCGGAAACGGAAGGCUGUUGAAAUGCCUGGAAGUAAUUUUACAGGACGAAUCGAAAGCAUUGGACGACGAUUGUAAAAACACGCUGCUCAAAAGAAUGGAAAUGUUCCGAAAUGCUGCUGUGGUCAUUCCCCAGCCGGAAAGCCUCAGCCAGCUGUACAACCAGAUGGCAGAGUCGCCAAUACGGUACUCCGUCGCACUGCUAAUGUUGAGCUUCUUGAGUUUUAUUUUCAUCAUCGGGCUGAUGCUCGGUCGUGUCACACGACGGACAAUAGCCCAGAAGAAUAAAUAGUCACGACAAUGGCGGUGGCGGUGCUGGUGCUGGUGCUGUCGGUCGCUGCUCCGGCCGCAACGCAGGCUCCCCUCCAAGCUGGUCGCUUAUCUGUAAGUAGAACAUGAAUUUGCACUUGAUUUUUUCAAAAUUUGAAUGAGCGAAACAUGGUGGCAAAGCAAAAAUUGGUUGAAGAAGAAACAGAUGCUGAGAGCGUGUGUGAAUAACCAUCCAACCCUCAACGCAAGUCUGCAGCAGCUAUACGUGUCUGUGUUAUAAACGUUUUUAUUGCCUAACAUUAAGGAUAUUUUUUAAUAAGUUUUUGAAAGCUUCGCGUAUACUGAUUCCUCUUCCAAAAGUCCCGAUCAAUUACAAGCGCUCGUGAGGAAGUUGUAGAACGUACUGUGUAAAAUAUACAAUUUAGUUAGGUUGAUUUGAAUGGGAAACGUCAUAAUUUGUUUUCGAUUCAUAUACCACUAAUAACACUGACUAUAUGCUAAAUCAAUCAAAAACAAUAACACUAAUUUAAAGAGUGAUUAUGAGCAUCUAGUGAUGUAGGACACGAGAGACAUGCAAAAUAUCAUAGGAGACAUUUUAUAUGUAGUUUUAAAUUAUCAUUCUGAGGAGUGAAAUAAAAAGUUG